AUGAAUCAAACUGAUGUCACAUACAAUGAAAGUAUGGGAAAGAAUCAUAGAAAGGAGAUUAGAAAUGAAACUGAGAUAGGGGAGCAACAGUUUGGGUUCAUGCCUGGAAGAGGGACAACGGAUGCCAUCUUUGCUGUUAGGCAGAUGAUGGAGAAAUAUGGGGAAAAACAGAGAAAGUUACAUAUUGUAUUUAUAGACUUAGAAAAAGCGUAUGAUAUGGUGCCAAGAGGAGAAGUAUGGAGGUGUUUGAGGGAAAGGAAUGUGUCUGAAAAGUACGUCAGAUUAGUGCAGGAUAUGUAUGAGGGGGCAACAACACAAGCAAGGUCGAGCGUUGGACUGACAGAAAAAUUCUCUGUCGCAGGAUAG